ACAACUGUGAGACACAAAGCCCUAAGAAUACUAAUGAUGGAAAAUUUGGGGCAUCCAAGGACAGCAAAAGAUUAAAGAAGUGGAAGCUAAGCAGAUUUAUCAAAACCAAAAAGACACUGCAAGAUGGGCAAGACCUUUGCAGAAAAAAACACAGAAAACCUUUAAGGACCCAGAAGAUAAUGAAAGUAAAAAAAAAUCAGGAGAUGGAACAACACAGAGACCAUUCAGAAACCUGGCCAGCAGUGAAAAGCACACAAGGUCAUAGACAGGAAGAACACAAAGAGGAUUUAAAGAUACACAAGACAGUUGGAAAUUUACAAGAUCUUUCGGAGAGAGGGCAGCACAAAGAAUAUUCAAAGCUGCUUGAGACAAAGGAAAACACUGAGGGAAAAGGAGAAAGUGGAGAGAAUUCAUUCAAAAGAUCUGAUCUUUCAAUAUCACAUCCAUUUAUUUCUACAAACUUUGAUACUAAUUUACAUAGUGACAAUAAUUUUUAUACUGAUGAGAAGCUAAUGAAAACAGCUCAUGUAGUCAUUCAAAGACGGUCAUUAGAGAAAAUGAUUCAAGAGGCAAAGGAGAAUCUGGGAAUGUGUAUCAAAAUUCCAAAAAUACUGAAGGUGAAAAGAAAUAGUAUGUUGGAUACCAAAAAGCUAAAGGAUCUAUUUUCUCUCAGUGACUCCAAUAAACCUGAUCUGAUAAAGCCCAGUAUGCUGAGGAGUAACAAAGAGUGUGUUGUUGUCAACCCCUUGUCUGUGGAAGAAGACAAUCACUGUGAACCAAGAGCAAGCAGCACACCAGACAUCCUCAGGUGCUUGGAAAAGAAGGAAGGGGAAAAAAGAAACCUAACUGAUGUCGGUGAAGCGAACAAUUGUCAAGCCACUUCUGGUAUUCUAAUGAAAGAGGCUCCUGGAAAUGAAAUGCCAAAUUCAAUGAUUAAAAGACAAAAGACUGCUGUUGGAGAGAACUGUUCUAUAUUGGCAGAAAAGGAAAAGACUGCUGUUGGAGAGAACUGUUCUAUAUUGGCAGAAAAGGAAAAGAAGGAUGGGAAUAUUGUAAGCAAAGGGGACACAAAAGAAUGUGGGGACAAUCCUCCCAGCUUGGAGAACACAACUGAAUCCUAUUCAGCAAACCAGAAAAAGGAACAGCCUCUACUAACCACAGAUUUAGACAAUUAUCUCUGCUCUGAACAGGCACAGGGAGUGAAGGAUAAGGGACUUUGCACUAUUGCCAAACAAGCAUCUGAAUUGAAGAAAGAUGUCUCUCUAGUUUCUGAUAGUAUACAGACAUUAGGACUUGAGAAAGACCAAGGUCUUUUCUUUCACCCGAAGCAUAGAUGGAAGCUGGCUUAUGACAGACAGAUGUUAAUUUCAAAUGAUGGAAAUCUUUUACACACAACUGCUCAAAAUACUGAUCUGCAGCACCAGCAUGAGAAACAAUAUUCUGGCAGUGAAGUGACACCCAGUAAGAAGAGAAAACUUAAAUGUGAAUGGUUUGAAGCUAUGGAAAAUUCCAGUAAAAGAUCCCAUUGGAUAGACUUACCAACUACCAAGGAAUAUUUGGAUGAAUCUGGCAGUCAGAUGAAGGGAGCAUCUGCUAUCAUGGCCAGGAGCAGUCUGGUGGCUUCAAUUGAUGACACAUCAGCAGGGAAGCUCAGAAGUGAGGACUCCAGAUCUGAAACUAUUCAUACUGGUGAGGACAUUGAAGUCUUGGGCAGCAGUACUGAACAGGACAGAAGCAAACACCAGCAACAAGCCAGUGAAGGAGAGUAUAUGUGUUUGCAGCAUUCAGAGUCCUCCCUUCGUGAGAGAGAAUCACAAGAGAGUCACCCUAGUGGUCAGUGCAGCGUGAGCCAGGACUGUCAGCACGAUUUUCCACAUUCCUGCCAAGGCCCAGGACAACCACAGCUUACAGAGUCUCAAACAGAUCUAAUGGAUAACUGCACGCCAUACCCAAGCUUGGUUAAAGGAAUUGCAUGUGAAACAGAUUUCUCUAUCAAGCCGAAAUUACCCCUUAAAACUGAGAAAGUUCCAGACCUCAUAUGUAGCAAAGGAGAUGAAGCAGAGCCAUGUGAAGGUCAAGCUCUUGAAGAUCCUGCUAGUUUGCAUCAAAAGGGUAAUACUUGGCUGAAGGAAUGUAAUAAGACAAAAGAAAGUCAGGAGCAAAAUACAGAUUGUGACUCAACCUCAGUAGCUUGUGCCUUUAGUGAAGUCUUUCCUAGAAUGAAUAGUUCCCAUGGUGAGCAGCAUGUUCCCCAGUCCAAGCAGGAUUCUGCAGAUCACAAUGUCGUAUCUGUAUUUGUCACCGAUGUGAAGACACCACCAAGAGGUCACUCCCCAAAUGGUGAGAAGUAUGAAUACAUCAGAAAAAAUAAUUCCCUUCAGGCCCUUCUGAUGGGAAGGAGUCAAAUGUCAGAGACUGAUUUACCUUGCCCCAAAGCCCUGGCAAGUAGGAUUAAAAGUAACUUAAAGAACUGCAUGUUAAGAGUACAUUCAUCUUUAAGGGAUGAUCCUCAAGGAUCAAAGCAUGAGUGCUUACCUGUCAUGCAAGCAUCAGUGACUACCUUCUUCUUAAUGACACAGAAUACUACCCAGCAACCUACUCAAAGUACCACUCAGAAGUCUGUGUCUACAGAGAAGAAAUCUUUAGGCAUUAAAAGAGUAUUGUUUGAAAGAAUUCUCAAGAAAAUGAAGCUCCAGCUUCUCAAGGAUGCCAGUAUGAAAAAUAACAUGGACCAGUCCUACAUAUCCAGUGGCCUCAAGAAGUUAUCCACCUUUAUUGAGAGCCAGGGGGCUUCAUCACUGCAGGUCACAGCCGUGCCAGACACCCAACAUACACCAGUGAUGAAAGAUGAUGGAAAAAGUCAUCAUCUCUCACCACAUGUUGCAAAAUCCUUAAUUACACAAGAAGUGGCUGAGCUAAAUCAUCCAUACAAGAUCAACAAUGUUCAACUUUUGUAUUUGGCUACUUGCAGGACUCAAGUUUCAGACUUACAUCAUGAGAAAAUUUUACAAAGUUCACAAGAGCAAGAAAUGGCAACCAGUUCUGAUGUUACUAUUCACUCCAUCCCACCCAAGACUGCACCAUAUUGUCUUCCUGUUCCUCUGAAUAACUGUCUGCCUCAGGAGACCCCUCUCCCAUCAGCUGCUUCUGAUGGUACCUGUACACAGCCUGACCACAGUAAGGACCCAGUAGGUAUUGAAAGGGCUGUGUUUGUGCCCAAUGAGCUGUACCAGCCCCUUUGGAAGGACAUGCCUCUUCAAGCACCCCUGAAUUGGAAAGAAGACUCAAAAUAUAUCCAUCUCUUCCAGGGAAAACAACAAGAUGUCAUAAAGCUGAAGUGUUUGCUGGUUGCCCGCAAGAAAUCUUACGGCACCCUUAAGGAAGUUGAGUUUUAUGGAGGCCACGUGUUGGUCCAUCACACUGUGCUUGACCAGCUGCUUGCCUCCCCUGACUUGCCCCAGCUGCGUGCUUCCUCCUUUGUAAGCUUUGGUGUGUAUAGAUCGCUAGGCCAAGUGCUGGAGGGCAAGGUUCCGGUGGCACUGGCUAACAAGUGCCUGCUGCUGGUGCAUCAUACAGCCCUCCUGGAUCCCAACACAGGUGUUGUGCUGCAGUCAGUCAGCAGCAGUGGACUCCAUCUGGCACUUGUUCCAGCCCAGACCCUGUACAUGUGUGCUUACUUACUUGGUUGGCAAUUGAGAACAGCUGCAGAUGAAAAAUUGAAAGAGACUUUGACACAGAAUCUCGUACAUUUCAAGAAGUGUGUUGAGAUGGGUGUGGGGCACAUCCUGGGUGGCAGCAGGGGCAGUGCCUGUGCCAUCCUCUCACCACAGUCUCCCAUCUCAGAGUACCUUGUGUGCCUCAGGACCAUUCACCGCUGCCUUGACUUUGCACAUCGCCACACUGCUGUUGUCGUAGGGGAAGGCGUGGAGAAGGUGUCAAGUUGCCACCAGCCGUCAAUAUACAGGUUAUGUGCUGCAAGGGAAGUACUGCAGGAGUUGCUGAAGGUCACCUCAUGAAAAGAACAUAGAAUAUUUCAGCCAGAUGUGGAUCAAAUACCAUCCAAUGUAUUGUAGAUACUCAUCGUCCAGUGCAUGUGUGGUGAGUGCUGUUUAUUAAUGGAUUAGCUAAAUAAUGGAAGAUGGAGCAUUUGAUAACCCAGAUGUGCUGUACUCCAUAGUUUUAUCAUUGUGUCUUUUCAGUUUUGGUUGUUCAUGGCUAAAGGGAAAGCUAGUGUGUGCUAUUUUUGUAUUUUAAUCUAUUAAGACACCCGGAAUCUUUAUAGAAUUAAAUCAGAUGUUGAAUCUAGGUGGAUGUU